AAACCUCUGCACGCCCUCCCCAGCUGCUCUUAGUCGCCUCCUCUCUGUCCGCCGCCCAGGGUGCAUCCUGGCUUGCCGGGCUCCACGCGACCCAGAUUCCCGCUCCGCCCCCGCCCCUCCUGCGCCUGCAGCCAGUGCGGCAGUCGCGGCCGCCUCUGUCCAGCUUCUGCGCGGGGACCAGUCGCCCCCUUCACAGUCGCCAGUGCGUAGCCAGAGCAAAGGCGGAGAUGGAGACCACCCUGUCGCUCUCCCUGAGCUGCUAAGCCCACCGCCUUCCCAGUCCCGCCCACACAUACUUUGCAAAAACAAAUUUGGACGCAAUUGCUUGAAGACAGUUGGCACAGCGGCCAGAAAGUCAACAGCUGCACAAUGAAGCACUUCCUGAGGAUGCUGAUCCAGGUGUGCCUGUAUUUCUACUGUAAGUUUUUGUGGCGCUGCAUGAAGUUUGUGAUGCGGAAGCUCACGGGAAGGUGUGAACUGCAAAGGAUUUGCUACAGCACCAAACCUGGAGCUUCUAGAACCAUGAAAAUCGAAACAUCGCUGAGGGAUUCAAAAAGUAAGCUGUUGCAGACAUCAGUGAGUGUUCACCCCGAUGCAAUCGAAAAGACUAUUGAUGACAUCAUGGAGUUGAAAAAAAUUAACCCUGACAUCAAUCCACAGUUGGGAGUCUCUCUCCAAGCUUGCCUCCUGCAAAUUGUGGGUUACAGGAACCUCAUUGCGGAUGUAGAAAAACUGCGCAGGGAGCCCUACGAUUCUGAGAACCCCCAGCAUGAAGAGAUGCUUCUGAAGCUCUGGGAGUUCCUGAAGCCCAACACCCCAUUGGAGUCCCGGAUUUCUAAGCAGUGGUGUGAGAUUGGUUUCCAAGGUGAUGAUCCGAAAACCGAUUUUCGAGGAAUGGGUCUUCUGGGGCUUUACAAUUUACAAUAUUUCGCAGAACGGGAUGCCACAGUGGCUCAGCAGGUCCUCUCCGACUCCGUUCAUCCAAAAUGCAGGGAUAUCACUAAGGAGGAAAUAAGCAAAUUCAGCAAAACAGAAUGGGAGAAGAAGAGGAUGGAUAAAGCAAUUGGGUACUCCUUUGCAAUCGUGGGCAUCAAUAUCACCGAUCUGGCAUAUAAUCUGCUCGUGAGCGGCGCUCUAAAAACACACUUCUACAACAUUGCCCCUGAAGCUCCGACACUGUGUCACUUCCAACAAACAUUCUGCUAUUUGAUGCACGAGUUCCACAAGUUUUGGAUUGAGGAGGACCCCAUGGAUAUAAUGGAGUUUAAUCGCGUGAGGGAGAAAUUCCGCAAGAGGAUCCUAAAGCAGCUGCAGAACCCAAACAUGGCGCUGUGCCCGCACUUUGCUGCGUCGGAAGGUUUAAUCAACAUGUAGUGCCCACACUGGUUUCAAUGGAUACCCCCAAACACUGCCCACUGCCUCAUUGUCGUCUUAGAUCUCUGCUUAGGUGGCAGCUCACACACCUAAUGCACAUAGUAAUAUAUAUAUAUAUAUAUAUAUAUAUAUAUAUAUAUAUGCAUGCCUUUUGGUACAGUAUUUUCAUCUCUUGGUCAUAAUUCCAAGAUUCCCCCAAACACCACUGGUUCUGGAGUAUCUACCUCCAGUGACUGCUCAUAUUGUGGCAUAGUGCAGUGUUAAUGUCUGUCCCUGACGCCCAGGUAUGAAGAAAGUUUUCUAUAUUUUUUUAGAUUUUUUUUCCCUCCCCCUCAUCAUUCAAUAUUAAGGAUGUGUAAUAAUUCUCUAGCUGUUAUUUGUAUGUAAGAGAUUUAGCUGAGUCUCAUUCUGUGUUCAUAUUUAUCAAGAUGUUCCAUGAAGAUUGCUGCUAGCUUCUCAAGCUGGGUUCAUGCUCGGACCUCAUUCUGGUAAAGUAUAAUAAGACUUUAAAAUAAUGCAGACACAUGAUAAGCCAAACUCUCCCUGCCCAUAUAGCUGCACUUCACCAAAAUGUAAUGAGGCUAUAAGAAACUAGCUUAAAUAGGAGCCAUCCUUGUGUGAAAUCCUGCAGAACUAUAGCCUGACUUAACUAUAGCUGCAACUAUGUCGUAGUCAUCAGGAUAGGAAAUUAUUUUAUUCCCAUCACCUCACGGCUUGGAUGUCUAAACAUGUGUAUGAUGCUUGGAGACCCCAGAAAAGAAGCCAUCUCUUUCCAAGGCUGAAAAA